AUGGCUGUUGUUGCUUAUGCAUCCUUGGUUUCUCUAACUCAUGUCCUCGACAAUCUCCACUAUCGUGCCCACUUUAAUCUCCCUCGUGCCGACAUCAAACAAGUCGAAGCACUCAAGGAAAAUGUCAAUUUUUUGCUGCAAUUUCUCGAGCUUCAUUCCACAGGGAAGAGCCCUGAGCUUCAAGGUUUGUGGAGGCAAAUGACUGAGGCUGCCACCGGGGCGGAAAGUGCCAUCAAUUUCCAUGUAGGUAAUCUACUAAAUUUGAGAUAUCGAGGAGAAAAAAGUGAUGCUUCAGGCUUCUCAGCUUUGUGUGAAGAAAUGGAGACACUGAUUGAAAAGCUUUGCUCCAUCAAAAAAGAAUUGCCGGUGAUUGAAGAAGACGGGGAGGAUAAUGAAGCUCAAAAGCAAUCCAAUGCUUUUAUUAGUGCCGGUGGUUCGUCUGAAGGUUCUUCAUAUGUCAGCAAUGUCAUUGUGGGACUAGAAGAGCACGUGGAUAAGAUCAGGGACAAGCUCAUCAGAGGUAGUUUUGAUCUCCAAAUCCUCCCAAUUGUUGGCAUGGGGGGCAUUGGUAAGACUACUUUGGCUAAAAGUGUUUUUGAUGAUUCAUUUGUUGUCAAUCACUUUGAUUUACGAAUUUGGCUUUCCAUAUCUCAACAAUAUAGUGUGGAACAAAUUCUUAAAGUUGGUCUUGACGAAAAAGUAGGAGAAAAUAGAACACGUGAAAGUUUAGAUGAGUUGGGAACUAGAUUCUAUAAAAAAUUAUUCGGUAGAAGGUAUUUGAUUGUUAUGGAUGACAUGUGGACAACUGAAGCGUGGGAUGAUUUACGGAGGUACUGUCCCAACAAUAAAGAUGGAAGUCGUAUUUUGUUGACAACUAGACUCUCAGACAUGGCUGCUUCUUUGAGAUCUUAUGAUCCUUAUCAUUUAAUCUUUUUAGAUCAGAAUGAAAGUUGGAGUUUAUUUUGUCAAAAUGCUUUCUCACUAAGGGGUUGUCCAUAUGGUCACUUGGAGAAGUUUGCAAAGGAUAUCGCAAAAAGUUGCAGAGGCCUUCCUUUAGAAAUUGUUGUUGUUGGCCGUUUGCUUGCAAAUUCUGAUAUGACUCUAAAACAUUGGGAGAAUGUUGCGAGAAAUAUUAGUUCACUUGUUGAUUUGGGAGACGACGAUCAUUGUAUGAGUAUCCUAUCUUUAAGUUAUGAGAAUUUGCCCAUUGAUCUCAAAUUAUGCUUUUUAUACAUGCGAGUAUUUCCUGAAGAUAGGAUGAUUUUCGUCUCGGAGCUAAUUCACUUAUGGAUUGUUGAAGGAUUCAUUAAACCAGUCCAUGGUAGAAAUUUAGAAGAUAUUGGGAGUGAGUACGUAAAAGGUCUUAUCGAUAGAAAUCUUAUAUUUAGGAGUGGUGAUGAUAAAUGUGGUAUUCAUGAUCUUUUGCGGGAUCUUUGUUUAAAAGAGUCUAACAAAGAACAUUUUCUCCGGUUUCCAAGAGUACAAAGUGUUGAUGAAUGGUUAGUAAAAGGCAUUGUUUGUAAUCAUUGUUGUAAGAAAGUCAAGGACAGCGAAAGGUUGCAUGUUUUGAAACCAUCUUAUAUCUUUGAAUCGUCGUCACGAGUUAAUCCUUCUAUUUGUGAUGCUUGUAACGUGACGUACUCGCAUAUUACAAGACAUUGUUUUGUAAGGAUAGCAAUUUACGACGAAGAAGAAAUUUUGCAGCCAAUAGAAUUACGGCAUGUUAAUUUAGAUGCAAAAGAAUUGUUGUCUCCUUCAACAAUACAUUUACUUUGGAAUCUUCAAUAUUUAAGGAUAGAUUUAGACUCUACACUUGUAGUUUUGCGGUCAGAUAUUUGGGAGAUGCCACAACUUAGAGUGAUUCGAUCUUCGGAUCAAUUAUUUUUACCAAAUCCUAUAACAACUGAUAUUGAGGGGAAAGAUUUUCUUAUCCUAAAUGAGCUUCACACGAUUGAUGAGAUGCGUAAUGUGAAGUUUACCAAGGAAAUCAUUGAUCGAAUCCCAAAUUUGAAGAACUUGAGUGUUGUAUAUGACUAUGACAAUGAGGAGGGAAUGGAAAAAUCGAACUUUUCUCUAUGUAAUCUUGACCAACUACAAAAGCUUGAAUCACUAUCAUUAAGCUUUUCCUCGGAGAACAUGAGCUUCCCUAAUUCACUCAAAAAUUUGUCUUUGACGAAUUGUGAAAUGUCAUGGGAAGAUAUGUCGAAUGCUGGUUUAUUGCCUAAUCUCGAAACACUUGAGAUAUAUGGUCCCAUAAAAGGAUUGAAGUGGAAGCCGGGGGUCGGGGAAUUUCUUCGCCUGAAAAAACUGAAAAUGCAACGUAAUUAUUUAGUGCAUUGGAGAGUUGGCGCCGCAAGCUUUCCCAAACUUGAGAAGCUUCGACUUACUAGUUUGAAGUCAUUGAAGAAGAUCCCUUCAAGUGUUGGAGAUAUACACACAUUACAAUCAAUUGUGCUGGAUGAUUGCAGCCACUCUGCCAUUGAUUCGGUGAAGAAACUUUGGGAGGAGCAAUUUGAGGUAGGAAAUGAAAUUACUAUUCGUGUUAUUAAUCUAGGCGACGUCUCAUAUACAGUUGGUACUUGUACGGCAAGAAUGACGGCAGCUGCUUGUGAAUCUUUGGCUACUUUAAAAUAUCUUCAGCAAAAGACUCGAGGAGGUUGCUCGACUUGGCUGCGAUUCUCUAGACAAAAAACAAAUAGAAGCUUUGAAAGAAGACAUUGA